CUCGCGAGAGAUAAAGAAGUAGUUGCACAUUACUCACGAGCUGUUUAUGAAUGUGAAUGAAAUAUCAAAAAGAACAGGUGAAGGCACAUGUAUUGGUUUAAAGCGUUUGGUAAAACAUGGAUAAAUAACAACAAAAAUGAAUUCUCAAUUUGGCAAGUGUUAUAAUCAAGGAUUUAAGUAUUUCACAAGGGUAAUCUGGUGCGUUGUAUCUGGUUUAUUAUUCUGGAGAACCUAUGAACACUACAGGACUGGCCUAGAAUAUGUAUAUCUGCACGAAAUUCUCGGGACAUGGCUAUGUCUUGCACGAGGAUCAGCUGCGGUCUUGAACCUGAACUGUGCAGUUGUGUUGUUACCAAUGUGCCAUACACUAGUCUGGCUUCUCAACAGAGUAGUGAGAAGGGUGACUGUCAACACCAGAUGGCUAAAGAUGGAAACAAAAUCAUUCCAUAUAUUCAUAGGAUAUGUAAUAUUAUUAACUACAGGUGUCCAUGUGGCUGCACAUGUUGUUAAUAUCAACAGUUUCUGUGAAAACUUCCAUGAAGAAUUUCUUGAAGUAAAUCCAUUUUCAUAUAAACCAAAGAUAUAUAGCAUUGUUUUUGGGACAGUAACCGGUGUUACGGGUAUAUUAAUGACAUUAAUAUUGCUGAUGAUCUUUUUGACAAGUCUCAAAGUAGUGAGACGCCGCUGUUUUAACACGUUUUGGUACAGCCAUAGAAUAUUUGUAGUUUUCUAUUUAUUGUUUGUAUUUCAUGGAUUCAGAGGACCAUUGCGCAAACAGAUAAACGUUGAUAAACAUAUACCUGGUUGCCACAGAAACCGUAUUGAUGAGACAAUGGUGAUAAUCACCAGCAAUACCACUGACAAUUCCAGCAUUUAUAUAUCGAACGAAACUUGUUCAGAAAUGCCAACAUUUGUUCCAAUAGGCUGUCACACAUGGUUGUGGGUAGGCAUUCCAGUGUUGAUAUACAUAUGUGACGUUGUAUGCAGAAUUUUCCGCAGACGACAUUCCGCCGAAAUAUCCGAUGUUCGACAUAUAUGUGACGAUAUAAUAGAAGUGUCUUUUUAUAACUCAGAUCUCAAACCUCGACCAGGACAGUAUGUAUUUGUCAACUGUAAUCAAAUCUCCACUAUUGAAUGGCAUCCAUUCUCGGUAGUUCAGGUUCCUACAAUCUGUAAUAACAAUAUUUUUAAACUUUGGAUCAAAUCAUCCGGCGAUUGGACAGAUCAAUUCGUAGAGAAAACAAAGGGAACAAAAUCGGGAUCAUGCUGCGAGGAUCCAAUGCAAAGAUAUCCAACAGUCCAGAUUGAUGGGCCAUAUAGCAGUUCGAUGGAAAACAUAUUAAAGUACAAAUUUGCUCUAUGCAUUGCCGGAGGCGUUGGGAUAACUCCGUUUUUAUCCCAUAUUUUAUACUUAGCAGAAGACAGGGGCAAGAACAAAAAGAUAAAGUUGAAAUGUUUACAUCUUAUUUUUGCUGGAAGAAAUGAAGAUAUUCUCCAAAGUUCUUUUGAAACCAUUCAGAAAUCAUGCGAAAAGGUGAACGGAAGAGUUGAUAUUGAUGUUAAACUUUUCUACACUGGAAAACUCACAAAAAAUAAGAAUGCAGUGACAAGUGCAAAAAUACAGAAUGGCCGCCCACAACUUGGUCAGAUUUUCAAAAAUAUGUCUGCGAAAACGACCUUUGCCAAUAAAAGGUGUACUGUAGGCGUUUUUGCGUGUGGUCCUGUUGCUAUGUGCACUGAUGUCGCAAGAUAUUGCAAUACGUAUUCUACCUUACAUACAAGAUAUGCGUUCCAUAAAGAAUCAUUCUAGAAAUUCAAAUAUGCGAAACCCAGAGUUUUCUUUCUUAAACCACUGCUUUGAAAAUAUUUGCUAACUUUAUAUAUGACAUUUCUGAUGUAUUUGAACAUACUAAGGCUGCUUAGUAAGGGUCAAUGUUGAAAAAUCAAAAUGUAUUUCUGUGAAAGAAAUAUAAUAAAUAAUGUGAUAUUUGAUAGCUA